CGAGGAAGCAGACGAAGCAAUGACACCGGGUUAGAGCUCUUCCGGAGAAGAUGAUCAUGUGCCGCAUCACUUUUCUUUAGUUGCCUCCCACUCAUCAUUUUUUGAUGGCAUACCCAGCCAAUAAAUACUGCCGGAGGCAAAAAGCGUGCCUCGUGGUGUCCGUCUUCUUACUUAUCCUCGGACUUUUACAAUUGUGUCUUGGAAUCCUUCUGUCCUUGAAAUCUCGAAAUCGCAAAUGUCACAAAUCAAGAUAUAUGUUAAUUGGUAUAUACUUGGUAGUCGCAGGAAUCAGUGGUGUAGUUGGAUAUUACCCUCGCAAAACGAAGAGUCCCUAUAAGGUGAAAAGAAUUCGAGGGUCCAGAGCCUCAGCUGCUGUAUUUGUCAUCUUUUGCGCUCUCGUGACUCUGCUGGUUAUUCUCGAAGGCAAUGCCUUCAGCUGCACUGCCCCCCAAGACGUCCACUCUCAUGAAACAUCAGUUCGUAUUUAUGCCAUUCUUGGAUUAGUUGAAGUGACUGGAAUGCACGUAGCACAUCUUCUAAGUGCUCUCUGCGUGGGUCUCGCAUGCCCUGACUUAUGGGCAAGUAACAGUUCAUCUACCAGCAAAACUGAAAAGUAUUCGAAUAGCGGUACGAAGAAAACUAAUAAACAGGCAAUUCAUUUACCUGAUGCUCGCACGCACGUUCAAGAAGCAGCUGGAACAAGUGAUAAAAUAACGGUGGUGUCUUUACCAGAAACGGAUGGAAUCGUUUAUGCCGUUCCAGAAGAACAAUAUGUCAUCCGAAGAGGAGACGCUACCUAUCUAGCUCCUCCAGGAAAUACACAUUUAACUCCAUUUUUCCCCACCUACAGAUCACAGGUGGAUUAACAGUAAAAAAAACUCCAGCAAUGCCGAACUCUAUUGUUGUAUAAUACUGAUAUCUAUUUGGCACUAAAGUGUUCUUCUCAUUCUA